GUUCGUUUUGACCCUUGCACUCAUACUUAAGUUGGGAACUUGGCUGAGAGGCCUACAUUCACUAGCGAAAGGUUCCUGGCUUGGCGGCUCUCCGGUAGAUUCCUUCCUCAACUGCCACCAUGUAUUCGAGCCGAGGAUGAUCCCUACUUUUGUCUCUUGACCAUGCUGUCAGCUCUUCGACUGCACACGGCUCUGGUCUUCUAUCUGCUUUGAUAAAGUGCUUGUUCCUCAGUAUACAUAGAGCACUGUCUCUUGAAGCUUGAAGCCCUGCGUCUGGCGCGUUUUCUUCUCCGACAAUGCGUUUGCUUCUAAUCUUAGGCGCUACUUUUAGCGCCUUCAAUGGGGCGGUUGCACAGCUCUCUCCGAAAAAAUAUCUUACUCUGCCGCUUGGUGAGGUACGGCCUCUUGGCUGGCUGAGUGAUCAACUCGACGUCCAGACCAACGGGAUGGCCGGUCAUCUACAUGACUUUUACAACUAUGUCAAGAAUAGUGACUGGAUCGGCGGUUCCUCUGCCUAUUCCAGCCUUGAAGAAGCCGGAAGUUACUGGUUUAACGGGAUGGUACCUCACGGUGUCCUCACCUCAAACUCCGAGAUACAAGCCCAGACUUACCAAUUCCUCGACUAUGUUCUCACUCAUCAAGAGACUGCCGGAUGGCUCGGACCCGAGGCGGGUAACAAUCGCACCAGGUACCUCUGGGGUCGAUACCCGUUCUUCUUCGGAGCGAUUCAAAUGGUUGAAUACAACUCAUCUCUUACGGACCGCGUUGUUUCCGCCAUGCACGAGUUCGUCCCUCUCGCGAACGAAAUGAUUAGAAAAGGAGAGGGCUUGGAAAUCUGGACGAAUACAAGGUGGGAAGAUUUCGUAAUGACCCUCCAAUGGCUGUACGAGUAUCACCCCAAUGGGAACGAGGACCUUCUUUUGGACACUAUGCUUCAGCUGAAGUGGAGCGGCGUGCCCUGGGAGGAGGUAUUUAAAGCAGAGAACUUUCCACAUGGACCUGUGGAGAAUCUGGAGAAUCCUACCGGAUAUGUUCUGAGCUGGCACGGCGUGAACAUGGCGGAGGGUAUGAAAGCACUUCCUGCUACAUAUCGCUUCUCUCAUAAUCAGUCCGACUUGAACCUUGCGUCCUCUGGCUGGGACCUUUUAUUCCAAUACCACGGGCGACCCUCUGGGAUCUAUGGAGCAGAUGAAUACCUUGCUGGGAUGGAAGCCACACGGGGAACGGAAUUAUGCGCCGUCGUGGAGACCAUGUUCAGCGGCUCGUAUUUGUACCAAAUGAUUGGGGAUACAAAGUUUUUGGAUAGGGUCGAAAGGAUCACUUAUAACGCGCUACCCGGAACGCUAACGGGAGACAUGUGGGCCAGACAGUACGACCAGCAGCAGAAUCAAAUUGCAUCGAAGAACAUGACUCCAGAUCCAUUUGCUGUAAAUUCUGGUUAUUCGAACGUCUUCGGACUGGAACCUUACUACCCAUGCUGCACCGUCAACCACCCUCAAGGCUAUCCGAAAUUCAUAACUAAUUCCUUCCUGACUACUGCAGAUCAAUCUUCCCUCGUCCAGGCUUAUCUUGGUCCACUGAAGACGUCCACGACCCUAACCGGAAACAACGUAGUGACUGUUACCGUCGAUACUUUAUACCCAUUCGGCGAUACAUUAUCCUAUACUGUCACCGCAUCCAGGCGAUUCACGUUCUACGUGCGGAUACCGAGCUGGGUCGUUGGUGGAACGAUUGCAACAAAUGGGGGCUCGACCAAACCAGUGUCUCCUAGUAAUGGUUUAUUCGCAAUCAACAUCCCUUCUGGGACGACGAAAUUCGUAUUGAAUCUCCCCGCCGAGAUAACCACUGAAAGUCGUCUUCACGGUGCUGUCGCUCUUCACCGAGGUCCACUUCACUAUGCGCUCGACAUAAAUUUCAACAAAACGGUUAUCAAGGCAAACGCUGUCGAGCCCCGCGCCGCCGACUAUGAGUUGGAUGCUACUUCAGCUUGGGCCUAUGCCAUCGACCCGUCUACAGCCAAAUACGUUUAUGCUCCUCCAGCCAAUGGUGUUCUCCCUUCACCAAUCUUUGAUGAGGGAUUGCCGCCUGGUUCCAUCACCGUGUCGGCGUGCUCUAUUAACUGGGGACUCGCAGGCGAUACGUUCGUUAGUGUCCCUCCGACGAAACCAAGGUGUAUUGGGAGUGUCGAGACUAUUGUGCUUAAUCCUUACGGGUCGACCAAGCUGAGGAUCAGCGAGUUCCCGGUAUUCAGUUCUUAACAGGAAAAUAUUUUCGUUGUACGUUCGGCAUUACUGGACUACAGUGAUGGCGAGACGAAAAGAUCGAAAGAAUGUUCAAGUCAAGUGUUCCGAAUCUUGUAUUGAUUUUUAUCU